GAAAGAGGUCGCCUCGAUCUGGGUACCGCGCCUCAUGUGGCCUUCGGCGGCGGAGUGUCUCAAGGAGUUCGACGAGGACGGGGAUGGGUUGCUCAACGGCCCGGAGCUGGGCCGCUGCCUCGAGGCGGUGCUGCACCGCCACGGCCGGCUUUCCGCCGAGGAGGCGCGGCGCAGAGCGCGGCUGCAGCUGGAGGAGUGGUCCCUGCGCUCGGAGCACAGCGCGGGCGAGGGAGCGCUGGACCGGCUCUUGCGGGCGGUGAGGCCCAAAAGCCGCAGCCGCAGCCCGCAGGCCAAUCGGUCGCAAGCAACCGCGGAAAGCCUGGCGAGCGCGGCGGAGAAGGAGCGGCAGCUGCAGCGCGAGGCCGCCAGCUGGCAGGCGCCCAGCUCCUUGCAGCGGAUCCCCCUGGCCGACGCCGAGGAGAUCCCCACGGUGGACCUCGCAGAUCCCACGGCCCAAGUGGCCCAAGCGCUGCGGGCGGCCUGCGAGCGCGUGGGCUUCUUCUACCUGCAGAGCCACGGCGUUGAUCCGGAGACCCUGGCCCUGGGCGAGCAGGCGGUCCGGGACUUCUGCGCGCUGGAACCGGAGGUAAAGGCCAAGUACCUCAUGGACCGCCCGGAGAGUGGGUACCCUGGGGGUACAGGCUACUUGCCGCUGCACAACCGGAAGCUGCCGAAGCGGGCAAAGGGGAACGUGGUGGAGGCCUUCAUCGUGAAGCGCGAGCUGGGGCCAAGGAACAUCACCUUGGACCAGAUGCCCUGGCCCCAGGAGCUGCCGGCGUGGCGGCAGCAAGUGGAGGCCUACGGCUCUGCCAUGGAGCAGCUGGCGCUGAAGCUGCUGGGCCCAUUGUCCCUGGCGCUGGGCCAGGCGGAAGACUUCCUGGCACCUGCCUUCCGGAGCCCCUUGUGGCGCUUGCGCCAGUCCAGCUAUCCCCCUGUGCCACCAGGAGGCUAUGAGGAGGAGCAGUACGGCAUCGCGCCCCACGUGGACACCUCCUUCUUCACUUUGCUGCACCGCGUGGAGUCUGAGGCCAGUCUCGUGGUUUGGGCCUUCUCCUCUCAGCGCUGGGUGCGGGUGCCAAAUCGACCUGGCCUGCUGCUGGUGAAUGCCGGGGAGAUUUUGCGGCAAACCUCCAAUGACACCUUCCAAUCUGCCCGGCACUACGUGCUGAACAGCAGCGCGCAGCAACGCUACUCGCUCGCCUUCUUCUUCAACGCCACCGCCGACUACGAGAUGGCGGUGGCGCCUGGCUUCGGAGAGCCCAAGUACCCGCCUGCGUCGUAUCUGCAGAGUCAGGGGGUAGUGCAGGGAGAAUGAGUGAGGCCCAUUGCGGGCCAGCCAGGCGGCUUGAUCGUGAUGGCACGCCACAAUGGAAGCUGCCGGGUCCAUUUGGCUGC